CUGCUGAUAACAUUAACCGGUAAGUUGAUGAACUUGAGGAGAUGCUAGACAAAUGAAAUCAAGGACAGGGAUGCGCAGGCGGGGGAGAAGAUUCAUAAAUAGGUCAUGUGGAGGAUGUAAACCCCUGGUUCUAUGGAUUCUCGCUGCAUUAGCUGUAUCUCUUUUACUUCUCCGAUUUCACCAUAAACAUGAAAAAGAUCAGAAAGGUGUAAGCCUGCUGGUAGAAUCCAGAGUGUGGGAUGCCAAAGAUGUGAAGGACACACAAUCUGGUUCUGCCUGUGGUGUGUCUUGCCCAGCUGGACAGAAAUCAUUCUACAUAAAGACGGGGACAGAUAAAACUGUGGGACCCACUAUAUGUUAUGACGGAGAGAUAUAUAUGAGCGAUGAAAAACAAAAUAUAGGAAGAGGACUCAAUGUACUAUUUAUUGAUGGUGAUUCACAUAAAGUUAUAGACCAGAAAGUCUUUGACACCUACGCUGAAGAUCAGACCUUCUUGCAGUUUGUCCAGUUAAAAAUCAAAGAUGGAACCGUUGUCAUACUGGCCAGUUUUGAUGAGAUCACCUACUCUAUGAAGGAUGAUGCAAAGAAAUGGCUGAAGCUGAUGGGAGCCAGUAAGAUAGAAAAGGUGAAAUUCCGAGAAUCCUAUCUUCUGAUUGGUCAACGAGGCCUGAAGCAGGGACAUGCUAUCGAGUUUUUCAACCCAAAAACUGAAAAUGAACAGUAUGGUGCGGCACUGGAGAAAAAAGGAUGUUUUCACAUACCACUUGGGCCCAUGGAAGACAUAACAAAACUUCUUGCCGAGCUGACAAUAAUAAAGCCAGGAUCUAAUCUAGAGAACUGUGGGCUGAAAAGUAAAUGUGAAGGGACCCCCAUCCAGGUUUUCACAGGGGACAUGGACAGUUCCAUGCCUCACAUCUGUGUUGCUGGCAAAAUGAUAAUGGAAAAAGAAGUGAACAAUGCAGGGAGAGGAAUCAACAUAGUGGUUCUACACAAGGAUACAAGAGAACCAAAGCUUGUGGCUAGAUUUGAUACAUACGAGUCCAGCAGGGACAGCACAAGCUUGGAGGCAUUUAUGAAACAGUUGUCUGAUGGCGACAUUGUUAUUGGCGUCAUCAGUGACGAUGCAUCCAGGAAACUGGAACAAGGUGCUGUGCAGGAGCUCAAUGCAUUAGGCAGCAGUGCAAUACAAAACCUCAGAUUUAGAGAUGUCUGGUACUUCGUCGGUCAAAAGGGCAUCCAAGGAUUCACAGAGCUGGAGGAACUCAGCUUUGCUACAUAUGAUGGAGAUUGGCCAACACCGAUCAAGAAAUCCAUUUGUCUUCCAAACAACUUCAGUGGAGUAAAAGUUGCUCCAGUCAUUAGUACAAAUCGCAAUAUAGAGAGGAGAGAAUUCUGUAAGAAGUACGACGGUUACAGUGAAUUCUGUGAUGCUCAGAGAGUAGAUGAGCAGCUUAAGACUGUCCCCCUUCAGGACAAGACCAAGGAAAAGGAUGAGAUAUACAGAACCCCCAUUCUUAUCAUUCCAGGUUUAGAUCAUAAUGCCUUGGCGAGAACACUAGAGACCACCCACAGUCUUCCAGGGGUCCGCCCUGAACUUGUCACAGUAGUUGUUGAUGAACAAACCCUGGAUCAUGGAGAACUGGCAGCUUUAUUUAAAUUCCAAAACUUCAGUCUCGGCACGGUACCUAGAUAUGAAGAUAAGAUGAACAGUGCCAUUGAAAAAGAAUUUCAACAAACACAAAGUAAAUAUUUGAUAGUGAUAGAGGAGGAGAUAGUACUGACUGCGGAUUUCAUGGACUUUAUGUCGCAGUGUCUACCGGCCCUCGAGUCAGAUGACAGUCUGUAUGGAAUCUCCGCAUUUAAUUACAAUGGGUUUGAGACCACUUCUGGAGAUCGUAGCCAAGUAAACAGAGUGGAGGACUUCCCAGGACUAGCGUUCCUACUUAAACGUUCUGUGUACGAAUCCCAGAUGAAGAAUGCCAUGGAUAAAUGUUGCAAUAAAAGGUCUUGGGAUUCAUGGACACUGAAAUCCCCGGGAGAAAUGCUUGUACCAGAUGUGUCGCGGGUGUUUAGAUUGCCCUAUCAAUCCUCUAAUGAUGCAAAUAACUACUUAGAAAACUUAUUUUAUAAACCAAGACUAACUAUUACAGAGGAAAAUGUUCAGUUGAAGAAUUUAGAUUCCUUGAAAUCUACAUUAUACGAAGAAGAAAUGAAGGAAAAAAUUAAAUCAAGCAAACCUUUUCCUCAUGAAGAAUUGAAAAAGUGUGGUAGUAAAGUAGACACACUUGAUCUUCCUUCAAAAGGUGGCAGUUUUGUGAUAUAUUUUGCUGAUAAGGAUUCAAAGAGGGCAAUAUUUCAUAAAUUAUGCAAAUGUUUUGGACUUUAUUCUGCACCUGAUAAGCCUUUAAAAGGACUUCACAAAGAUUCCUUAAGGUUCUUUUACAAAGAAUCCACUAUUUUUCUAGUAGGAUCAGGGUCUCCAUACUUUGAAAUAAAACCAGAUGAUGUGAAAGUUUAUGAAUGAAAUAUUGAAUUCACAAUGACAUCUUAAGGACUGAUGAUACAAAGAAACUUUUAUUAAAAGAAAUUGAAAAUAACAACUUGAGUCAUGUUUUAAUAGUUAAAUUGAACAAGUUUCCUGAAAUUGUUUUUAUUUUUUCAUUCAAAGUUUCAAAAUAAUGCGAUUUGAAAUGAAA